UAUCGAAUGUAACUAUCGACUUCAGUUUCGAGUCUUGGUGACUGCGCAAAAGUGUAAAGUUUCAUAAAAAUGCAUUAAAAUAACAAAAAAGGGAAAAAAACAUAAUAAAGAUAAGCUUUUUAUUAUGAAUAAGCAUCGAGGUUUUAUAACUUAGUACCUACAUUCUAAAAUCAACUGUUGGUGAAGGUUAAAGAGAAAUUAUUAGGACUUCUUACGGCACUGCGUACUCUGAAAAUUUACAAAGUGACACUUGUCAGUUGUCACACAUGUGAUAUGUUUACGUAUCAUCUGAUUUCCCGUCGUGGAUUUCCCGCAACAUUUUUCAUCAGAUUUAUUAGAUUGUCGAAAUCGUGUUUCAUAUCUUUGAAUUGUGAGUGAAUUAACGAAAUGGAAAAGGAAUGUGAAAAGCCAGAAAAGAACGAAAUGUCGGAAUCUAUUUCGAGCAUGAGUGAAUCAACGACAAACAAGGAAACAAUUGAAGAACGUUAUAAUAAGCUUCGAGGACUUGCUGUUAAAUUAAAAAAGAAAGUAUCAGACUUGUGCGAACAGGUAAAACAUUUAGAAGCAGAAAAGGCAACAUUUAAUGCAGAAAGAGAAGAGGUGCAGAAUAAAGUUAUUCAAAUAUCCAACAAUGCGAAGAAACUACAGACAAUUCAAGUCGAAUAUGACAAAUUGCAAGAUGAAAUGGAGCAACGAAAGUCGGAGAACAAAAAGCUAAUGAAGAAUAUAGAGACUCUCGUUAGUGAAAAUGCUUCUCUCAAGGAAUCUCUUUAUAAUGAAAAAGAAUCUACUACACAACUUACUGCAAGAUUAGAGCAAUUUAUGAAAGAAAAACACAAAUUAGAAAACACUGUUAAACUUUCGCAGGAGCAAAUAAAACAAUUGAACGAAGAGUUGAGAGCUGAUGCGGUUUUGAGAGAGCAAAAAGCGAAAGAGUAUGAAGCUUUGAAAAAUAAUUUGGAAUCUGAAGUACAAGCACAUAAGGCUACUCGAUCACAAUUAGAAGCUAUUAAACAGGAACGUACAAGUAAUAGCGUAUUGUCUUUGGAAGUUGAAAAUUAUGAGAAAAGUAUUGAAGAUAUGAAAUCGAAAUUGAAUGACGAAGAAUCAAAACGAACAGCGUUGGAGAAAACGAUCGACGAGCAAUUGGACACAAUUAGCGUAUUAAAUAAGCAAAUUUCCGAGUUACGAAGUAAUUGUUUAUCGAAAUCAAACCAAGUAACGAGUUUGGGAGAGAGGAAUGAAAGUAUAAAAGCAGAAUUGAAUGAAAUGAGACUUGAAGCUGAAAGAGCGCAACACGAAAUCGAAGAACUUGUUACGCUACUGAAUGAAUCGAAAGCUGAUAAAUCGAAUUUGUUAAAGAAAAUUGAAGCGAUGGAAUCCGAUAAGGACAAUUUGAAGAAAGAAUUUAAAAGUCAGAAAGAGGCUUUCGAAAAUCAGUUGAGGGACAUGGCAGCAGAAAUUUCGCACUUGAAUUCAAAUUUGUCGUGUUCCAAAAAGGAAAAUGAAGUUUUGCAGGAAGAAUUUAAUGGGUACAAGAGAAGAGCACAAAGUGUGCUGAGAACCAAACAGACUCAAAAUAAAGAAAUUGGAAUGGGAGGAAAAAGUGUUAUUGAAAUUGAAGAGGAAUUGGUUCAGUCACAUCAGCAAAAUACGCUUCUUCUAGAAAAACUAGAUAUUUAUGGAGACAAAGUGGAUUCGUUGAACAAGGAAAUGAUGAUACUUAAGGAUGAGAGGGAUCACGCUUGGGAAAGUCUUAAAGAAUCUAAAAAAAGAGAGUUUAAUUCACGCUUUGAAAUUUCAUCCCUUGCAGAACAAUGUAGAUCACAGGAAAUUAAAAUCCAAAAGCUUAAUCUAGACCACAAUAAGGAAAUUGCGAUUUUAGCAAAAAAUCACAAGGCUGAAAUAAGACUGGCGAGAGAAAAGUUCGAGCAAGAAAUCCAGAAUUUGAAGUUAGAGUUAGAAAAAAUAAAAAUGAGCGAAUCUUCAGAAACAGCACGAAGAAAUAAUAUUUCGCCAGAAAGAAUAAUCGAUUCAAAUCCCGAAUCCAAUAAUUUACGUGGCUUGGGUAUGUCGCUCAUAGAAAGAGAAGAAUGCGAGGGUUCUGAGAGUGUGGAUUCUUGUCCCCUUGGAAUGACAAACACAGAAAGAUAUCGCGAUCGUUCUCUUAUGCCUUUGGACGAACUUCUUAAUUCGUCAGAUGAUUACAAUCCACCUGAAGUACAAAUUUUACCCUCGAAAGUUAGCAGACAAGAGUUUGAAGUUUGCGAACGACGAGUCAAACAUUUAACGGUUCUUCUCGCAGAUGCUGAGAGAGAUAUCGCGAAAUUAACGCAACUCAACGAAAUGCUCAAAGAAGAUAUUCGGAGACAGCAAAGGAGUGUUGAGAGGGAACAGCAUGCAAAUAAUUUUGAAUAUAUGAAAAAUGUUGUCUUCAAGUUUGUCACAUUGAAAAAUGGAGAUGAAAGAAGUCACCUCAUUCCUGUACUUACUACCAUUCUAAAACUGAGUCCCGACGAAACUCAAAAGCUCAAUUCCGUUGCAGGAGUUUCAGGAAAAAGUUGGAUUCCGGGAAUACCAAUUCCUGGUUGGCACAAUAAUUAACUUAGUUAAUUUCCAAAGUAUUAUCGAUAACACUUUUGUAAGUCAUUAUUUAAAGUUAAGGACGUAUUAAUAUUAAAACGUUUACAAUUGUAUAUAAUACGUAAGUACAAGACAUAAAUAGAUCAGUUAUUUUUGUUAAAGAGCUAAUUUAAAAGUGAAAAGAGUACAUUAAAAAUAAUAAAAGUGAAGUUUAAGCGAAGCUAUGUGUUACUGGUGAAAAAUAAUAAAUCUCUUUUGAAGUAAAAUAUAAAA